AUGACCAUCUUAGGCAUUCAUAACAUCUCAUGGACUGUAAGUGAGUUCAUCCUCCUGGGCUUUCCCUAUAGCCAAGAAAUUGAAAUCCUUCUCUUUGUAUUGUUCUCCAUUAUGUAUACAUUGACUCUGAUGGGUAAUGGGUCAAUUGUCUUUGCUGUGUGGUGGGAUCAACAACUCCACACUCCUAUGUACAUCUUAUUGGCCAACUUUUCCUUCCUUGAGAUCUGCUAUAUCAGUUCCAGUGUGCCCAUCAUGCUAACCAACCUCCUCUCCAGGGCCAAGACCAUAUCCUACAAUGGUUGCAUGCUCCAAUUCUACAUCUUUUCUUCCCUGUGUGCCACAGAACUCUUCUUCUUGGCCCUCAUGGCAUUUGAUCGAUACAUUGCCAUCUGCUACCCACUCCACUAUCCUACAAUUAUGACUGGGCAGCUCUGUGCCACCCUAGUGUCUAUCUGUUGGUUGGGUGGCUUCAUUUGGUUAUUGACCCCUGUCACCCUCCUCUCCCAGGUGCCCUUUUGUGGUCCAAAUAUCAUUGACCAUUAUUUGUGUGACUUAGGAGCAAUGCUGGCCUUAUCUUGUACACCUGUCCCCAAAACUACUCUAACUUGUGGCGCUGUCAGUACCCUUAUCACCUUUAUCACUUUAAUUUACAUCCUUGGAUCCUACACCCAAGUUCUGAGAGCUGUGCUACGAGUGCCAAAGGGCUCAGGAAGGCAGAAAGCCUUCUCCACAUGUGCUUCCCAUCUAGGUGUGGUCUCAUUAUUCUAUGGCUCAAUUAUGAUGAUGUAUGUGAGCCCAGGAUCAGCCAGCCAACCUGAGAUGCAGAAAUUCAUCACUUUAUUCUACUCAGUCGCCACUCCAUUCUUUAAUCCUAUGAUCUAUAGUUUUCGAAAUAAGGAGAUUAAGGCUGCUUUGAGAAAAGUACUGGGGAGAAUUUGA